GGAAGCCGAGCUCGCCACGAAACCAGCCCCUACCGCCGCCGGGCCGGCUCCGGCUUCACUGCAGUGCCCGGGCCCCAUCUGUGUCUUUGCGUUCUCUUGACAUAAACAGAAUACACAAAAAAGAGAAGUAUGUGUAAAAUAAAGCACAACCAAUACAGUCAGGCCCACAAAUUCAUCUGCCAUCCAGCUCUCUGGGAGUUCAGAAGAGAAGAUGCCGCUGUUCCGCACACCAGCAGAUUUUCCAGCUUUAAGUCAAUUGCAGGUCCUCCGCGACUCCUUAAAGCACUCCCGGCCGCUUGCAGAAGGCCGAGCAGUGGCAGAUGCUGCACAGCCCUCCUCUCCUUCCAGAGCAUCGUGGGUCACUUCUGCGCGGCGCACGAGGACCAGUGUGUGGUGAACUGCGGCCUGGACCAGCACCGCUUCCUCAUUUCUGACCAGGCUUUCCCCGGAUCCAGCAGGGUCCUUCUGCAGCGGCCGUCCUUCUGCCCCAUCAAGCAUGUCAGCGAAGCACAAGCCGCGUCCCUUCCCAAGGAGACCCGCGAGCGAGGGGUGGACGUGGGCGUGGCGGUCCUCUUGCAGGCCGCCAGCCAGGAGGUGCUGCUGACGCGGCGGUCCAGAAACAUGAGCAUCUUCCCCAACCUUUGGGUCCCUCCAGGUGGUCACAUCGAACCGGAUGAGCAGUUGCUGGACGCUGGACUGCGGGAGCUGCGAGAGGAGACGGGCUUGUGGCUGCACCGGGGGGAGUUCUCCUGGCACACGCUGGCCCUGUGGGAGUCCACGUACCCCCCCAGGCUGAGCCGGGGUUUGCCGAAACGCCACCACGUCGUCGUGUACCUCCUGUUGUGUUCGCACCUGAUGCCGCAGCAGCUGCAGGCGAGAAUGAAGCCAGAUGAAGCGGAAGUGAGUGCUUAUGCCUGGCUGGAGCCCCACCUCCUGGAAGUGAUAGCGGCCACAGAAGACAGGCUUGGAGAUGGGGCCAGGAAGACGGCUGGGGCUCUUCCACCAACGAUCAGCAUUACGGAACUGGACAACGGCGUGGCCAAGAGCGUUGCGGUCCCCGGCACGACGUUCCUCAACUCCGCUCCGGCUGAAGGGGAGGAUGUGGAACGGGUCAGCACGGGGACCAAGUUCGCCCUGCGGCUGUGGCUGGACACGGUAGCCGCACAAACCGCUUGAGCUGCGGAGCCUCGCCGAACAUUUGGGAAGCUGCACGAUCUCCCUCGGACGACGCUGGCCUUCCCUCUUCCCUCCCAGUCCUGCCCGCUUCUUGCAUCGCGUCUUAGUCCUAGGAAGCCUCUCUGGGCACGCUUUGGCCGGAGAGCAGGGCAAACAACCUGUAAAUAAACGGUGUGGAAGCAGAAAA